AUGACGAAAACAAUGCAGCCAUCGCUUCCCAAGCCAUCUUCAACUUUAUCACUAUGGCAUCGAACAACGCGCUCAUUUCCCCAUUUACAUGCUAAUCGCCUGACUCCCGUACCCGCCUCGACGAAAUACCUUAUUAUUGGCUCAGGGAUUUCAGGAGCCUUGACCGCUUGGAAAUUGAUUGAAAGUGGAGUUCAAGGCGAGGAUAUCCUGAUCAUUGAAGCUAGAGAGGCUGUUUCGGGUGCUAGUGGAAGAAAUGCGGGACAUAUCCGACCGGAUUCUUUCCGUGGAUUUCUUGAUUACGCGAAAUUUCACGGACCAGAACAAGCAAAGAAGAUCCUGGAGAAUGAACGGGUUGUUCUGGAGAAGGUUCGCGCAUUCGUCCAAGAGCACAAUGUCGACUGUGAUUUUAAUUACCUGAGGACUUUUGAGGUCGCGCUUACGGAGGUAUUUGUCGCCCUUCUUAGUAAAUCGCUGGCGGCGUUCAAGGAGGCCGGUGGUGAUGUUUCUCACGUCAGGUUCUACGAAGGGGAGGCAGCCAAGGCGGAAACAAGGGUCCCGGGCGCACUGUGUGCUUAUGAGUCGGCUGCUGCAUCGAACCAUCCUGGAAAGCUGGUACAAUGGAUCUUGAAUGACUUUAUUACCAAAGGUGGUAAGCUGUGGACGCACUGUCCAGCAACGAGGGUUGAGAGGUCUCAAUGUAUGAAUAAUCCCUUCAGAUGGGAGGUCCACACUCCGCGUGGUACUAUCGCUGCUGAGACGGUCGUUCAUUGCACGAAUGCUUAUGCGGCAUACCUUCUGCCGGAAUUGGAAAAGUUCAUCACGCCUCGUCGAUCUCAGGUCAACUCGUUUGUUCCACCCCUUUCCCUGUCCGGUGGGGAUACUUUGAAACACACCAUGGCGCUGAGAUAUCGAGCGGAUCAUUUUUUCUCGGUCAAUUCGUUGAAUAACGGUAUGGUGGUGCUUGGUGGGACGGGCACUCGAAGCAGCGUAGAUAUGACAUCCGAAGACCUGAUCACGUUCGACGAUUCCAAGUACAGUGAUCGUCUCGCGCAAAACAGCACCAGGGAAUUCCUGGAUCUAUGUCGGGAGCCGGACGCCACUCUACUCCGCCACGGUGAAGGGCUGGAUCAUGCGUGGACGGGGAUUAUUGGCAUGACGGCUGAUCAUGCACCGUUAGUUGGGCCGAUCGAGGGACUGGAAGGUCAAUGGAUUUGUGCCGGAUUUAAUGGUCAUGGCAUGGCUGGAAUCUUCACCUGUGCUCCUGGCUUGGCCAAGUUAAUAUCGGGCCUUUCGUGGGCAGAUACUGGUCUUCCAGAAUGUUUCCAGUUUAGCACGGCGAGAAUCCAACGGCUCAACCAGCAUAUAAAGAGCACUUUAUAA